UAAGCUUUUAUUAAAUCGAAACGAGUAGCCGUCGGUCGGCCCGAGCGCGCUCGCCUCGCUAUUCGAAUCCUCGAUCCUCGGCAGGGGAGGGAGAGAGAGCGGAUCGUAUGUCGCGGAGCGGCGGUGGCGGCGGCCGCACGAUACGGGUGUUGAAUGUGGCGGAGAAGCCGUCGGUCGCGAAGGCGGUCGCGGAAAUCCUGUCGCGCCGCAGCGGAGGGAUGCGCACGCGGGAGGGGCGGUCGCGGUACAACCGGGUGUUCGAGUUCGAGUAUGCCAUCGGUUCCCAAGCUUGCCAUAUGCUGGUCACCUCCGUCACCGGCCACCUCAUGGAACUGGAGUUCGAAGAUCGCUUCCGCAAGUGGCAUUCUUGCGACCCCGUCGACCUUUACAACGCCCCCGUUCGCAAGUUCGUCCCUGAGGAUAAGUUGGACAUCAGGAAGACUUUGGAAGAGGAAGCAAGGAAAUGCCAGUGGCUUGUUUUGUGGCUUGAUUGUGAUAGAGAGGGUGAGAAUAUUGCUUUCGAAGUCAUAGAAGUCUGCACUGCUGCAAAUGAUAAUCUCAACAUUUGGAGAGCUCGUUUCUCUGCACUAAUUGAUAGGGAAAUACACUAUUCUGUGCAAAACCUUGCAAGACCUAACAAAUUGUUUUCCGAUGCUGUAGAUGCUAGGCAGGAAAUUGAUCUUCGAAUAGGUGCCUCCUUUACAAGGUUUCAGACUAUGCUAAUAAAAGAUUCAUUUGUUCUUGAUUUUGCUGGUGACGGUAGGAAUCUUGUACUAAGCUAUGGCCCAUGUCAGUUCCCUACUUUGGGUUUUAUUGUGGAAAGAUAUUGGGAGAUACAAUCACAUGAAGCUGAAGAGUUUUGGACAAUUAACUGUUCACAUACUUCUGAUGAGGGAACUGCUAACUUCAAUUGGAUGCGUGUGCAUUUGUUUGACUAUACGAGCGCCGUUAUAAUUUAUGAGAUGUGUGUUGAAGAACCAACUGCAACUGUCAUCAAUGUCAAACAUCAAGAGAAGCUGAAAUAUCCUCCAUAUCCAUUAAGUACUGUUGAGCUUCAGAAACGUGCCUCCAGAUAUUUUAGAAUGAGUUCUGAGCAUACUAUGAAGAUAGCAGAAGAGCUUUAUCAGGCUGGAUUCAUCAGCUAUCCACGCACUGAGACUGACGGGUUCUCUGUUAACACAGACUUGCAUGCCAUUGUUGGAGAGCAAGAAGGUCAUCCGAAUUGGGGUUCAUAUGCUCAAAGACUUUUGGACUUUGAGGCUAGGCUUUGGAGAAACCCUAGUAGUGGUGGGCAUGAUGACAAGGCUCAUCCUCCUAUUCAUCCAACAAAAUUUUCUGCUGGUGAAACUAGUUGGAGUCAAGAUCAUAAUAGAUUGUAUGAGCUUGUUGUCCGUCACUUUCUUGCAUGUGUUUCACAACCUGCAGUAGGUGCUGAAACUUCUGUUGAAAUUGACAUUGCUGGUGAACAGUUUGUUGCUUCAGGACGUGUUAUAAUUUCUAAAAAUUACUUGGAUGUUUAUCGAUUUGAAUCUUGGGGAGGGAAUAUACUUCCUACUUACACAAUUGGCCAACAGUUUGUUCCAACCAGUUUGACUCUUGAUUCGGGAGUGACUAGACCACCGCCUCUUCUAAGUGAAGCUGAUCUACUCAGCUGUAUGGACAAGGCUGGAAUUGGCACAGAUGCAACAAUGCAUGAACAUAUUAAAAAGUUGCUUGAUCGGCAUUAUGCAACAAAAGAUUCAAAUACUCGUUUCUCACCAACAAAUCUGGGCGAAGCAUUAGUGAUGGGCUAUGAUGAGAUGGGAUAUGAACUUUGGAAACCCUAUCUCAGAGCAAUGAUGGAAUGUGAUAUGAAAGCAGUAAGCAUAGGUACAAAGAGGAAAUCUGAGGUUUUAGAGAGCUGCUUACAACAGAUGAAAGCUUGCUUUAUAGAUGCAAGGCACAACAAAGUGAAACUUCUAGGAGCUAUGGAUGUGUUUUUUGAAAGAUCUUCUGGGGAUGGACAUAAUGUUGGAGAGGUUGUAAGGCCAUGUAGUUUGUGUAAUGAAUCCAAUAUGGUGCUAAAGAGAAAACCUAAUGGUAACUUUAUGGUGGGAUGUUUGCGGUUCCCGCUUUGCAGAAAUGUUGUAUGGCUUCCAGGGUCAAUAUCGGAGGCAUCUGUCACUGACCAAAUUUGUCCCAAUUGUACCCCAGGUCCUAUUCACAAAGUUCUGUUUAAGUUCCGAAGAUUGGAGAUUCCUCCAAAUUAUGAUGCUGAUCAUUUGGGUUGUAUUGGCGGCUGUGAUGUGAUACUAAGAGAAUUAAUUGAGAUUUGUGGAACUGGGUCUCGCCAUCCUUCUGGCAUGUCAGCAAGAGGUCAGCAAGACUCACAUCCUCCGUAUACUUCACAUCGAAACAAUACCAGGCAGGACUUCUGCAGGUAUUGUCAACAAUCAGGGCAUUCUAUGAAUGAUUGCCCCUCCCAAGUUUCCCGCCAACAGUCUGCUCGAUCUCUCCGAUCCCAGAAUACAAGAAGUGAUUCAGGUCAAGUUACCUGUGACUCUUGUGGAAAAGCAUGUGCAUUGCGAACAGCUAAUACAGAAAGUAAUCAGGGAAGACAGUUCUAUACAUGUCAAUCACGGGGAUGCCACUUUUUUGUAUGGGCAGACAGUUUGGAAAAUGGUGGCAUUCAAGGACGUGGUGGAUCCCGUGGGGGUGCCAGCCGGUCGUCUUCCACCUCAAGGAGAGGUGGUAAUGCCUGGGGUCAGAGAGGUGGGCGUACUAGCAGCAGCACAUUUGUAUCAGCAACUGGAGAACCAAUAUCCGGUAGCUGCUUUGUAUGCGGUGACCCUUCCCAUUUUGCAAAUGCCUGCCCCAACCGUGGCAGGUAAUUCUUUUGAAAGUUCUCAACUUGCACUUUCACAAUGGCCCCAUCUCUCGCUGUUAUUAUAUGUAUUUAUGGUUCAUUAGUUAUCUGAAAAUGUUCUUCAUAUGGGUUUUUGAGUAUCAAGUAAAGCGCUCAAAUCCUUCGGAAAUGUGUACUUGAUACCGUAGAAUUGGUGUAAUUUAUUGUCCUUUUUUUGUAUCAGUUGAUUCAUGCAGUUAUCAAAUAG